UCGCUCGGGACAGAUAUGCGUGACGAACAGAAAGUCGGCGGUGGACGUGACGUGUUGUCCAGUGAACGGAGAGCGAGUUGGCAUGCGGCUGUGAUUAUCAGAGAGGCUAACGCCAAAAGGAGGCCGCCGAGCGUCAUGGACGGAUUAAAACCACCGCAAACUCUUUGCUUUGACACCGGUAGUCUUUCAAAGACGUGGAAGACGUGGAGGGAGGAGUUCUUGUUAUAUACAGACCUAACAUGUGAUGAAAGGAAGAAAGUGGAACUCUUCCGCCAUCUUGUUGGUGAAAGUGGCAGAGAACUUUUGGACAAGCUGAUGGGUGAGAUCCCCAAAGAUAGAUGGAAGAUAGAGGACAUUAUUGAAAGAUUCGAUGACCAUUGCAACCCCGGUGUGAAUGAAACUGUGGAACGUUAUCGAUUCUUUACGAGGAACCAAGGCGUCAGUGAAACAAUUGACAGCUACUUCACGGAGCUAAAAUUGUUGUCAAAAACAUGUAACUUUGACACUUUAAGAGACUCUCUCAUUCGGGAUCGAAUUGUAUGCGGACACAAUAACGCAGCCAUGAGAGGGAGAUUGCUCCGCGAAAAGAACUUGACCCUCGACACGUGUAUACAACUGUGCAGAGCCGCAGAGUGGUCGAGAGAAAAUAACAUGGCCAUCUCGGAAUCGAUGGAAGAGGACGUUCAUGCAGUUCAAGGAGCAGCUUGUCAAACAAACACCACAGCGGAAUGCAUUUCUUGCGGGAGAAAGCACGAAAUGAGCACACAAAAAUGCCCUGCAUAUGAUGUCAGCCCAGCUCAUCUCUGGGAGCACCAGGAGUCUGCAUGCAUCAAGGAGGAGGAGGAGGAAGAGUCCCCAUCCAUCGUGGAGGAUGAAAUGUUCAUACACAUGGAAGGUUCCAGAAAAUAUCUUGGUGCUGAGCGGCAGGAGCAGGAAUCUCCUGGCGUUAAAAAGGAUGUUCAGCUCCCCCAAAUCAAAGAGGAGGAGCCAGAGCCCUGUCAACAGAAGGAGAGAGAAAAGCAACUUCCAAUCAAAAAGGAGGAGGAGGAGCUGCCAUUCAAUAAAGAGGGGGAAGGUAUCACCAGGUCAACUGGUGAGCCCUUGAAUAGUGAAGAUGGUCCAAGUGAGGCCAGCAGAGGGGCGGUGCCUUCAAGUGGCGGCGGCAGCAGCAGCUCAACAGAAGGAUUGCAAGUGGACCGUUUCAUUGCUCCACUAUCAGAUAGUGAAGACGCCACGUCACUCUCGCCUGACAUUGAUGUUGAAGGUCAUAAGAACAACCACAGUGAUGACAAACUCUGCAAAUGCUCUUACUGUGGGAAAACCUUUGCCAGGAAGUAUAAUUGUCUUAUGCAUAUGAGGAGCCAUACUGGUGAAAAACCUUUUGUUUGCUCAGUUUGUGGUCAAACAUUCACUAUGAAGCAACACUUAAAUCUACACACAAGAACCCACACUGGUGAAAAACCUUUUUCCUGCUCAUUUUGUGGUCAAGGAUUCACUCAAAAGCCAAACCUAAAAAGACACGAAUUAACCCACACUGGCGAAAAACCCUUUUCCUGCUCAGUUUGUGAUCAGAGAUUCAGUCUCAAGAAAACAUUACAAGAUCACGUAAGAACUCAUACCGGAGAAAAAAAAAAUUCCUGCUUAGUUUGUGGUCAAACGUUUGGUCGUAAGCAACACUUAAAACAACACACGAGAACCCACACUGGCGAAAAACCUUUUUCCUGUUUAGUUUGUGGUGAAAGAUUCACUAUAAAGAAUAACAUGGAAAAACACACAAGAACCCACACUGGCGAAAAACCCUUUACCUGCUCAGUUUGUGGUCAAAGAUUCACUCGAAAGGAUAGCUUGAAAAUACACACAAGAAAUCACACUGGUGAAAAACCCUUUUCCUGCUCAGAUGGUGGUCAGAGAUUCAGUCUCAAGAAAACCUUACAAAGUCACGGAAGAACUCACACCGGAGAAAAACCUUUUCCCUGCUCAGUUGUGGUCAAAGAUUCCCUCUAAAGUAAAGCUUGAAAAUACACACAGGAACCCACACUGAAGAAAAACCUUUUAACUGCUCAGUUUGUGCCCGAGGCUUCACUCGGAAGGAUCUGUUUAAAAGACACGUGUUUGUGUUGGUGUGAGAAGCAGUGGCCAAUGACUGUUUGCCUGUCCUAAAUGCUGGCUUUAUCGAAUUGUGCACAUAGGAUGAUUGUAUUCUGUAGAGCUUCCUCAAAUCCUGUUGAGGAUUGUUACCUUACAUGUGCUUUGAUGUGCAUCCACACCAUUGCUCAAAGUAUUGUCUCACCUGAUUUAACUCCCUUGUUAAGUGCCAUAUUACGAUUACGAUAUGAGUAUUCGGGGCAAAUACAGAGGUCAGGGGUGUACCACGAGAUUGAAAUCGCACUGUUACGACGAGAAAAAAAGUUGUAUUAUAACGUAGGAGUAGUAUAGCUGAAUAAACUGCUCCAGACUUUACGUACUUGUUGUACAUUAGAUGGGAGCUACGUCAUAUAAGUCGUUCUAUUGAUUAAUCAUAAUUGGAGAUGAGCUAAUAGAUGAUUUCCUUAUUUCGGAAAGUGAUUCUAAAACAUAGCCUCACGAGAUGCUUUCAUUAUUGUUGACUUUAGCAGGGGCGGCAAAGCGCUGCGGAAAGUACCUACCUGCUUAAUCAGCUACAUUAAAGUGCGUAUGACAGGAGAAAAAAAGUCUUAAAUAGCAUUAUUAUGUGAAUUAGAACCAUAUUUUGAGAUGAUUCAACUACUGGUGUCAACAAUAAUCGAUGCGGCGAUGCAUCCCGAUGCGGGCCAUGGACGAUGCGAUUCGAUGCGGGCAACAAGCCGAAUCGAUUCAGCACAUAUUAAAAUAUAUGUCCGUUCAAAAAUCUUCCAGUGAUGCAAUGGAUUUGGUUUCCCCAUUUGUAUUAUUAUUCUCAUGUUUACCUGUAGAGGGAGCUACUGUACAAGAAAUGCAGGGGGGACGAGGAACCCAAAUUUGCUUCCUCACGGGAGUAACGUCACAGACAUGCGCAAUUGCGCAGUGCCAAUCGAGAAAGCAGAGAGAUAAGACAUAACAACAAUGGCUGAAGCGGAGAAAGAGGGAGUGCGAAAGAUUAUUGACGCAUCAAAGACAUUGAAAGCAGGCAUAUGGAGACAUUUUGGCUUCUAUGAGGUUGGUGGGAAACUUGACCAAACUUAUGCGGUGUGUGUAAAAAAAAAAAAAAAGCCCUGGUCUCAUUCAAAGCACUAAUUAAAUGCUCUGAUUUUAAAAAAAAAACUUUUUUUUUUUUAAAUAUAUAUUACUAUUUUCAUUUGACUACAACCAGGAAUGACACAAGAGCCGAUAAAAAGUUGUUUAAUGUCUGACCGCUUGUGUUGCCUCAAGAUUCACGAAAAAUAUGCUUUGCUUUAGCAUUUUAAUGCAUCCCAGGCUUUAAUGCAUCGUGAUGCAUUGCCGAAUCGAAUCGAAUCGAAUUGAAUCGUGGCCCUCCGAAUCGUAAUCGAAUCGAAUCGUGAGGGCAGUGCCGAUGCACACCUCUAGAUUCAACUGUAUACAACAAUUUAGGAAAGCGCAGAUGACGAGAAAUUAAUGUUUUAAUCCGCCGUUUAGCCACACCUACCAUUAUAGGGCUCUAGCGUCCCCAACAGGUGGAUGACGUCAGCGGGAGAAUGGGCUCAUCGGUUUCACUAUUCAGCGGGAAUUAGUGAGGGGGAAUUAUUCAGAACGAGGCAAACGGGACGAAGAGAGCCGCAAAAUGUCUUUGUUUCUCUACUCCAAUAUUUUUACAGGAUUUUCUUUUUAUCCCAGUAUUUUUCCCCAAUAGCUAAAUAAAUGGCAUGGUCAUGACAAAUAACAGUCUUGUGCUAAAUGGGAUAUGAAAUAAUAAAAAUGCAUUUAUUCAGGACGACAUGGCAAAAUUACUCCGUAGUGGUCAAAACUGUCGACUUCACCUUUACUGUCGCACCUCCCGAACAAUAUUUUAUGCCACCUAAAUCGGGCUUAUGUCAUUUCCCUUCCCCGGCUUUGGAGAAUGUAAACAAACCAAGAGGCGUGACAGUUAGCCGACAUGCUAACCCGAACUGAGUGAUGUUUCAAAUUGUUCGAAACGGAAAAUCACACAAAAAUAACCCGGAUUAUUUCACAUGACAACUGGGUUGUCGAUUGUCUUCGCCGAUCGGCAACCCGCCCGUCUGCGAACAAUUUAGAGCUUGUCAUUCCCCUGCUGAGGGCUCGUUUGCGGGAAGCAGCUGGACAAUGACCGCAGGACAAACCGGCCGACGUCGAAGGAGCGUGUAGCUGCCAAAUGGUUAACAUGAAUAUGGCAAAAUAAUGCUUUACUAUACGGCUAAGUCGUAAACAGCGAGAGACUCAUAGGAGUGCGGCUGCAGUUGUUAUGCAGCUAACAUGACAAUGUUUAUGAGGAAAGCGUUUUACAUGCCCAUCCAUGAUCAAACGUAAGUAGUCCUUUGUUUAAAGUUUGUAGUUUUUACUUUGUAAUUGCUGUAUUCAUGGCUAUUUUUAACACAAAGUUGCAAUUUCUGAUCGGUUGGAAAGUUUGACAGAACACCGGGGACAUGAAGAGGGCAAUAAGCCGAGUAUAGUGUUCUCCCGGCGGGGGGAUGUGCGAGGGGACAAGGAGCAUGUCAGCCACAAAAUGGAAGCCACCUACAUGUUGAAAUGAUCCCAAUGUUUGACAUAAUAAAAAAACACGAUGUUUACUCCCUUCCUCGUAAGUCCCAUGGUCCCACAGUAGUACGGCUUGUUUUGGCCAAUAUCCACCGGGGAAUGGGAACCUUUUCAAACCCCAAAAAGGCGCAUGCCUCUCCCUCGUACAGCAAGAUUUUUCUGCAGCCGUUUGGCUAGCGUGAUGCAAAAAAUAAAUGAAUCCGCAAAAUCAGCUGAAUCCUUAGUCCUUCUUAUACAACAGUACGGCUGUAUAGUGGAGAGGACUCCUUCUCCCGUACACGUCACAGCGCCCUCUUCCUCAAUGCAAGACCGAAGCGACGGAAGUCUGUCAUUUUCGUAGCGCGGGAUUCAAAAAAUUUAAUGAAUAUAUAUCGAUGGCUUCUUCACACAUCCAAGUGGUCCAUUUUGAUUCAGGAGCAUAAAGUACCGCGUGUAUUAUGGAAUAAACAUGCUUUUUCGUGUCACAGGCACUUUAACUCUACCUAAUAAUUCAUAUUUUUUUUCCCCGUAACAGCACGAUCUUUUCGUAUUCUUUUUCUUUUUUUGGCCCUAAUACCUUGUCGUGUAAAUUGGGCACUGAUUACUAAAUUUUUGUGUGUCUUUUAAUCAUAUUGUCCCUCGUAGAUGAAAAUCUCUCGACUCAGCUUUCGAACUUUAAAGUUCCCAAUUGACCCUGACCUACUGUCACAGACCCUUUUUGUGUCACCCUUUUUGCGAUCGCGUGUUUUUUUUGUGUGUUCAAUAAACCCUUUUAUGCAAUCUCUCUUUUAUUGUUGUCUGA